GGUGGCCUAAACACGCCGUCACUGCAUCGGGCAGCCCAAAUCCUUCGUCUGCGAUCCAUGCGUAAGGGUUCGAUGACUCCAGGAUGAUAUGGCAAUUGAUGUGCACAAUCACUGUCAUUCAUGGGCAGCAGUACCUAGACCACCGCAAGACCGCUGCGACGGGCGUGCCGCACUGGCACGACGCGCCGCCGCGCAUCAUUGACGACCUGCGAGUACUACACCGGUCCCACAACUUCUCCGCCGCGGCGCUGACGGCGGCCGGCGGCGGCGCGCGACUCGGUCGCACGCGGCGCAACGUCGUCUCCUGCGCGGUACAGAACCCCGGCUACGCGACGAUCUGGUACGACGACGCGGCGCUAGACGCGUUUCUCGACGAGGCGGCGGCGCUCGACGCGAGAAUCGCGACCGCCAUUGAUGCUCUUCGGAGACCACCGUUCUCGAAACAUUUCGUCCUGCGCACGGACCUCGCGCGGCUGCUGCUUGUCCACACUUACGGAGGUUGGUGGCUCGACGCGGAUGCGGUCUGCAUCGACGAUCCUCUCUCCGAACUCGAGAUCGACGGCUGCGUCUUCGCGUGGGAGGGCUCGGUCGCCGACGACCCCUCGGCGCCGCUGAAUUGGGCGUUCGCCUGCGAGAAGGGCCACGGUUUCCCGUUGCACGCCGCCUUGCUCGCCGCGGAUCGCAUCGCGGCGUUUUCUGGGGACGCCGAGGCAUGCGCGGGCGAGCGUAGCGCGUACUGCGCGGGCGGCCAUAUCCCGGUGCUCGACCUGACCGGCCCGGCCAUGCUCGGCGACGCAUUACAAGCGUACGCGGGCGCUUCGUCGAACCGCGCGCUGCGCGAGGCGGCGGGCGAGCGAGCCGACGACGCGACGACCUGGGCGAGGGCAACGACGGUGAAGGACGUCACGGUCCUGCCCUAUUGUUACUUCCGGAGCCGCGGCUGCCCGCACCUCGCCAGCGCCGACGUUGUAUUCUUCCACCACGAAUUCGACACCGCGUGGCGGCCGGCGUUCUGGCACAAUCACUACUCUGAUGAAUUGUAAUGUCUCUGUUGUACUCGCACAUGACAUACUUAAC